CCGACGUCCCUUUCGUUUUACUCGGACUUCGUCUUCUCUUUCCUCUUCUCCUCGCUCUCACCCUACUCUUCAGCCUUCUUUCGAAGUCUCCCCAUCACCAUUAGCACACUUUUUUUUUUUGUCCAAACCAGUAUGAAGUCGUCGUCAUCUAGAAGAAGCAGAGGCGGGUUCUUUUCUUCUUCAAUUUCCACUAGUAGCGCUAGCACAAUCACGUAUACUGCUAGUACUUUCCAGGAUGAACAUCCCACCCCACACCUACAAUUCAAAACUUCAGAAUUCCCCAACUCUGGUGAACAAGAACAACCCUCUACUACACCUGUUCCAAUUUCAGUUCAUCACCAAGAAUCCUCUCCUGCUGCAAAUGCUGCUGCUCUUAAGAUACAAUCAGCUUACCGGGCUUACUUGGUCCGCAGUCUUGUCAAGAAAUUGUCUGCAGUUAAUUCAGAAGCUAAUUACUGGGAAAGACAUAUCCAAUGCCAGGAAACUGUUGAUGCUGUAAGGACCAGCGAGCGUGAAAGGAUUAAGAUCAAUGAAGCACUAAUGGGCUUGUUGUUGAGGCUGGACUCGGUGCCUGGGACUGAACCAAAUGUGAGGGCGCUUAGGAGGCACUUGAGCCGUAGGAUUGUGGGUUUGCAAGAGAUUCUGGAUGCUGUUUGUGACACUAGAGUUGAGAAUUGGGAUGUCUUUCUAAGGGACUGGGAUGAUGUAAUUUCUAGGAUAGAAAAAGAGGCUUGCCGAGAGAGAGGUGGCGGGCAUGAGAUGGAGAGGUUUUGUGCCGAGUAUCUGGGGUUUAAUUGCCUACAGAGAUUUCUUCGUGAUCAAUGAUCUUUGCUCAUAUAGAAGUUUUCUACCCUUUUUCUUCAACUGGAAUCUCACUCUCUAGGUGCUUCUUAUUAUAUGUAAACCAAAAUUUGUAAAUCAUUAUCUCAACACCACAAUCUUAUGAUCACAUAUAUACCAUUGUACAUAGCCACAGAAGUGAACUACUGACUAAGAGCAUCAUUUAGGAACUAAAAUCUCCAUGGAUUCCAAUGGGAGACUGCAGAACCUUACCUGCUUGACGGGUUUGUAAGUACUUGGACAACUAAUUGUUCGCUUUAUGUUUUCA